AUGAAGACGAGGCCGACGGGUGACGCCAGCAAUGCAGACUGGAUGGGUUCCCUGUGCCCUUCACUCACCUCCAUGCCUCUCAAAUACCUCGCCGUGCCUGGUUCUCAUGACUCAUUUAGUUUCUGGGUGGAUGAACAAGCUCCAGUCGGGCCCGAUCAGAAGGCAUUCGUCAAGCACCUAGCAUUUGUGUUCCGUCUGCUGGCCAAAAAAUUGAUGAAGAAAUGGUCCAUGACUCAGAACCUGACCUUCAGGGAGCAGCUGGAAGGCGGCAUUCGCUACUUUGACCUCCGAGUCUCAUCUAAACCCGGAGAAACAGACCAUGAGGUCUACUUCAUCCACGGCCUCUUUGGGCUCAGAGUGCGAGACGGACUCAGUGACAUCAAUGCCUUCCUGAACGCACACCGCAAAGAGGUCAUCUUCCUGGACUUCAACCAUCACUACGCCAUGGACUAUGAGCACCAUCGCUAUCUCAUUAACAUGCUCAAGGAGGUUUUUGGAUCAAAGCUCUGCAAGAUCAGUGUGGUGGAGGACAUCACGCUGGACUACCUGUGGGAGAAGAAGUACCAGGUCCUAGUGUUUUAUCAUCACCCAUCUGCUGAGAGCUGCCCGCUGAUGUGGCCUGGCAGUAAAAUCCCAGCGCCAUGGGCCAACACCACCAACACCACCAAACUCAUCCAGUUCCUGGAGACCACCCUGGGUGAGAGAGCCAAAUCUGGUAGCUUCCAUGUGUCUCAAGCCGUCCUCACACCUCGAAUCAAAACCAUCAUCAAAGGUCUGGUCCAGGGGCUGCGCAGCUACCUCGUCGAGAAGAACCUGCCAGUCAUCAUGGCGUGGGUGGAGGCACAGAAACCAGGUGUGAACGGUGUGAACAUCAUCACGUCAGACUUCGUGGACCUGGUGGACUUCGCCAACACUGUCAUCAGACUCAAUGACCUCCUGCUCCUCCCACCGAACAGGGCAGUUACAUGA